CAGACACAGGCGACAGCUGAAAGAAGAGAAGCAUGCCCAGUCUAUCUGGCUUCAUUAACCUUGGCACUAGUGAGAACAAGCUCUUCAUUGAUCUGAUGAUUGAAAGGUUGAGUCAGAAUGACAUGAACCACAUCGACAUCGAGGACCUCCUGAUGCAGUACCCUGAUUGAAGAGGACAGCCAUUCCUGUGGGACGAAGUGGCCCAGUUCCUGACCUACUACUGCAGGGCACCUGCCCAACUUGAUCCAGAAAAUGUGGUGGUUCUAAAUGGCUGCUGCUCUGUCUUCUCUGCACUGGCCAUGGUUCUGUGUGAUCCUGGGGAGGGCUUUCUGGUCCCCACUCCCUUCCAUGGUGGCUUUGCCUUUAGCUCCUGCCUGUAUGCAAAAGUUGAACUGAUUCCUGUUCACCUGGAAAGUGAGAUCACUGAGGCAAACACCUGUCCUUUCUAGCUCACUGUGGACAAACUGGAGCAAGCCCUGCUGGAAGCUAAGAGUAAGGGGAAGAAGAUCAGAGGCCUUGUGCUUACCAAUUAUCAGAACCCUCUGGGUGACAUCUACUCCUGUGACUCACUGAUGGAAUACCUGAAAUUUGCCAAGAGGUAUAACCUGCAUGUGAUCAUAGAUGAGAUUUACUUGCUGUCUGUGUUUGAUGAAUCUAUCACAUUCCACAGUGUUCUGAGCAUAAAAAGUUUGCCUGAUCCCAACAGGACCCAUGUGAUCUGGGGCACCAGUAAGGAUUUUGGCAUCUCUGGCUUCUGCUUUGGUGUUCUAUACACCCGCAACAAGGAGGUGGCCUCUGCUAUGGGCUCCUUUGGCUACCUCCACAGUAUCUCUGGCGUCGACCAGCACAAGUUGUCUCUACUGCUGCAUGCCAGAGAGUAGAUUGACGGCGUGUACCUGCCCACCAAUCACUCCUUGCUCCGGAAUGCUCACAGGAACAUCACUAGCAAGCUGAAGGAGUUGAAGAUCCCCUUUCUUUAUCAUGGUGCUGGCCUCUGUAUCUGGAUCAACUUGAAAAAGCUAGCUCUGUUCCUUUGGUCUCUAUGGUACUUGGACCCAUGUACAUUUGAGGAAGAAGUGUUCCUCCAUUGCCACUUCCUGGACAACAAACUGAUUCUAUCCUGUGGCAAAGCCUACAUGUGUAAGGAGCCUGGCUGGUUCUGCCUCUUUGCAGAAAAUUCCCUCCGGCUAAAACUAGCCAUGCGUCGGUUCUGUCAAGUGCUACAGGAUCAGAACCAGCCUUGGAUAGAGAAUCAGCUGGAGGAUUCAAUGAAAAAGUAG